UAUACAGUAGCGAUUUGCCACUGGCACCGAGCGGUGUGUGAGUGCUGUGCGUAUUCGAUGGUAGUACGCUCGUUAGUAUCUCUAGUGAACGCGGGAAUCCAAGACAUUCUUUGUCCAUUAGAGUCGGUGGUUCGAUGAACGUUAUGGAUUUUAGGUGCAACCAGGGCAAGUGGAAAUAAAAGUUGAAUACCGGCAAAAGCAAUUGGGUGCGUGAGUGAGUAAUUGUGUGUCAGUGUGUAUGAACCGGUGUGUGCGAGUGUUGCGUUUUCGAAAUAAUACCGAAAAAAAGGGAUGAAAUAAUGGUUCCUCUUCACUUGCUCUAGAGCAAGCUACCCCACUCCGUUUGUGUUGGGAAAGUUUUACUUCUAAUUGUGUUAGCAGCGAACACCUGCCCCGCAGUGGUUGAAAGGGAAAGAAAGUAUUUUGUGCAGUAGUCCCGUGUAGUGUGCUUGAAUAUCACAUAGAAGGGUUUUCGUUUCGUAGUUUUUAAAGUGUUCUGUGUAUCAUUGGCGAUAUCUAGUGUCGAUCGACAGUGUACGUUGAUUUAGGAGGGUGUGAGAUCAAGGGACAUGAGUUGAUAUUCGCGGUUGGUAGUACAGUGCCACAGGUGAUGAAUGUUUAAUCGGCAGGCAUUUGCCAUACAGCUCAACUUUACAUGCUGGUAAGCGGACCAGAGCAUAACACGUCUGGCUUGAAGAGUAGCGUUGGAUAUCGACUAUUACAGAUCACUUGUCCACCCUUACACUCGUCGUAUAGACCUGGCUGCUGGCACGCUCGACCGGCAAAACGCUCAGCGCGGCCCAGUGUGGCAGUAAUAAUUGAAACGAACGAAUAAUCAUUCAUCAUCGGUGUGGAAGCGCACACCGAGAGAGAGAGGCGACGUAGGGCAGGCUAUAAAACGACAACAGUCCCGCACCCGCACUGGAGACGCAAAAAUCAGCACGGACACGGUUGGUAGAGGGGACCAGGACCGGCACAUAAAAAAAUAUAUGAUGUGAAUUCGAGCAUUUGUAUUCAUGCGUUCGGCUGGUGCGGCUUUGGUUGCUUUUCGGUGAGUGGUGAGCGGAAUCCACCCAUCAAAUCCAAUUUUCACGAUCAGUGCGCACGAACGUUUUGGAGUAGGCGGCGAUGAUAUAGUGACGCGGCGAGAAGGAAACGUCAACACUGACAUCAUCACAAAGUCCAGUCUGAAGCUGAAGGCACGGAACUGUUCGUCCCUUCCCAUCACCCCGUGCGCGACAUGUGAAUGAGGCGGUGAAAACACCACAGUGGGAAAGCGAAAACAGCGUUGAGCCGCGUUCAACCCAUCAGGGCGGAAAAGCCAAACGAGGGACCGGGACAAGGGACAAGUACUACAAGCGCAAAUCACCGCACGGAGCGUACGAGGACACCCCGAAAGAGAUUCUUCUACGUCUACGCUGCCUGCCUCUACGCGCUGACCGAACGAUUUCCGGUGCGGGAGCUUUCGUGAUCCGCUUGGACCACACGGGUAGGGGAAGCUGUCCAACCAAGCGAAAGGAGACAGAGACAUAAAAAAAAACGGCCCCGGCGGAAGCUGCUCGCUGAAGGAUUAGUGCAGAAAAUAGAACUGGUGAGCUGUGGAUGAACUGCAGCCGCCGCGGAAAACGGAGUGAGAGAGGGACCUACGGGAGGAACCAAACGUUAUCUACAUGCCAACGAACCGGCCAACGCGUCCUGCAAAACCCGUGACCAUGACCAAAGCAGCGUCCCUAAGCACACGGACUUGUACAUCUAGCACCACUCGCAGCACUCGUCAUUAGCCCCAGGGACGGGAGGACGUUUGGAAGGGGGAACGCAUCCGGCGUACGAAGCGACAAAGUAAUAGGUUUUGUCCGAAAGCGAAACCAUUGGAGAAUUUCGCAGCAUCUUCAAGUUCGCCCCUGUCUCUCCUGCCGCAGCGUCAUUGUUUCUGUUGGAGAGAGGGAGAGAGAGAGCGCGCCUAUGUGUGUGGUGAGCUGGAAAGCCUGGCUUUAACUCCAGCCUGUUCUCGGCACUUGACGGAACUUUAUUUAACCAUCUCGCCAUUCCGUUGGUGAAGGAGAGUCCACCGUACAAAGAAGCAGGCGGAUCGGGCAGUGAGAAAAGCUUCUAUCCCCUUGGGAGUGGCAGAAAGUGGAAAGUUUUUCUCUACACACACUCUACAAAAAGGGGGCGAAAAACGGGACCACCAAGAACUAAAGCAAAGAAGGAAAGGAUCCUUUGGCAAAUGCGGUCGAAUAUGCAAACAUACCUUAAUUAGAAAAUAUCAUAAACCGUACCGCAAACGACAAACGUCCCCCACCGUGCCCUACUACAACACUGUCCCGUGACGCAGAAAUCUCCCCCAAAACCUCCCCAUCUUCUCGGGCUGACGGUCCGGGCAGGCAAGGUGAAAAGUAAACACGCCCAUAAAACAUUAAUUUUUUAUAAACCACCAUUCUCCCCCCCCCCCCCCGAGCGUUGAUGGGAGUGGUGGUGGGUCUGGUGUGCCGUGCGCGUGCCCCUGUACGGUCGUCCCCCUGAGCAACAGCUCCACCGUACGGGUGCAUUUACGGGUGUUUUUGAGACGCUCGGGCCCGACCAGCAUUGCACCGUUCCGGAAUGACGCAACGGGGAGCAACGGCCCGGUCGGCACGUGGCAGACGAGUCAAUAUGGUGGCCAUAUUAAAACAUAUCAGCGGCACAAGCAGCAGCAGCAGCAGCACCUUGGCGCAGGUAGUCGCAUCCCUCACCGCGCUGCUGCUGGUAAUGGUCGUGGUGGUUCCGCUUCCGACGGCGCACGGUAUCGAUUGCUUUAAGUGCGUUUCAAUGAACGGUGCCAAUAAGGCGUGCGAUGAUCCGUUCCACAACAACUACUCGGCGGCGAUCCUGGAGUCACCGUGCAUGGGCGGCCGCAAGGGCCGGGAUGGGCUGUUUCCGGCCACGUCCUGCAUAAAAAUUGCCGGCUAUUAUGAUGACACCGGCGAAACGAUCACCGUUCGUGGAUGCGCCCUGGACAGUGGCACCCUGACGACGGAUACCGAAAUAAUUCGCAUGUCACACUGCGGACGGUUCUACUACGACGAUAGAUACGUGCACGGAUGCCUGCAGAGCUGCAACGAUGCGGACGCCUGUAAUGCUGCCCAGCCAUCGGGAAGGUCCUGCUCGCCCACCCUGCCACUGGUCGCGGUGAUCGUUGCCCUCGGUACGGCACUGCUCGGGUCAGUGACCAUUCCACCCCAACCGUCCGGAUGGCUUCGUACCGUCAACGGAAGCUAACAAAGUGAUCGGAAAACAAAGUGCAGCUGGGUGAGGGGUCCGCCCUCGUGCGAUGUCUUAUGAAGGCACACAGAUUCAGCGUAGUCCGUUGGGUGGUGAGGGUGGGGGUCUUUUAGAGUGAACUGGGAAACUAUGACCAAUAUAUAAUACAAAACUACAACAAAACCAAUCAAAAACACAGACAAAAAAUCGCUUUAACGCUCGUGUUUCGCAGGAUCCGCGGGGGUUGCCCCUGGGGGGGGAUUGGUUUGAUACAGUGUAUUUUUGUGUAUGAGUUUGAGAAACAAUUUUUCUUACCAUUAGCACACAAAAGUAUUGCAAAAAAAAAAACAUACACAAAUCGCAUAGGUAAAUGUUUUCUUUAAAUGCAUGAAAUUGAUACAAGCGUAGCAGACAUUUAUAUGGAACAGGAGAUACUAUAUCAAUAAUUAUCGAAAGCUUCAAAACAGGAAGCGUACACAAUGGAAUACAUAUAUAUAGAGCGCUAUAGAAAGGGGGGAAGAAAUGAAAAAUGGUGAAAAAGAGCAAAUCAAAAGCAACUCACAAGAUAAAUAACAUAACGGAGCAGCAUAAAGCUAAACCCAAUUACUAGACAGUUAAGGAACAUAUUGUCUUUACGGUUCUAGCACCAGUUGUAAAUUGUAAUGCCAUAAAACAAGCAGUAACCAAACACACACAAACACACACACACACACACACACACUCACAGGUGAUUGUAAUUGUAAAACGGACACGUUUUGUUAAUCGCGCCACUCACAUUUCGCGUGUGGCCCACAAUGUGCAAUGCAGAUCGAAUUGAAAAGAGGCAGAGCGUAUGCGCGUGUUGUAGGUUAAAACGUACCAUACAGAGCAUAUAUGUUGUUAUUUCUCUCACAUACACACACACACAAGAUCCGUCUCGUUAGCAAAAAACAAAGAAAAAGAAUUGUUAGUGUAAGCGAGGGAGCGAGUAGAGGGAAUCGCAGCAAAGCAGUUCCAUUGCCGUUCUAUUACGCUAGACCAAUGCAGGAAAAAAGGGGUGCAAAUAAAUCCGAACAAUGUAGCUUCUCUUCCCUGAUGGUGGUGUGAUAGUGGUGAAAGUGGACUUUCGGUUUCUCGGCCAACCCCAAUCCCAACGGGCACACACACGGCAUGCCCAAAACAUUAUACGUACAAAUCCAACUUUAUGAUGCUGCUUGUAUUUCAAGAUCAAAUCUUAUUUGUGUGUGACUGUGUGGGGACGAUCACUGGGAGAAGAAAAAGCAGUGACAAUGGCAACAUAUUGUACCAGUCUCAGCCCCCUCCAUAUAGUAGCAAAAUAGGCACGAAGGAAGCAUAUAAGCAUUACACUAUUUCGAGCAUUUUUCUAACCACCAUCACUUUGGUGUUUUUGCCUUCAACGGGUGUCCACCAUCCGGCACUGCAUGGUGCUGCUGGAGAGAGAGAGAGAGAGAGAGAGAGAAAAAAAACGGGACAUUUCCACCCUGCCAAAACAGAGGGCAUCAUUUAUUUCCUUGUUGUAGGGUGCAGAAGCAGCAAGCCAGCUUGUAUUUUUUGGUGAUUUUGUCCACUCAUCAGUAAAUGUUCUUAUUUAUUGGUGCGCUGUUUCCUGUGCAGGAGCAGAAAAAGCAAGUUAGGGAAGUAAAUUACACUCCAAAAAAAAAAACACUCAUAAUGGCAGACGAAAAGCUGCUUUAUGGACCGUAUCUAUCAUAUUCUUUCUGGAGAAGAGGGAACGACAAAAUACACCACCACCACCACCACCCAACAAAUGAGAUAGUACAUUAUUGCACCAGAUUAGUAUUACAAUUUGCAAACACUCAAACGAAAAAAAACAAAAACGGGGAACCACCAACUAAAAAAACCCGAUAAGGAUAAGGUAGGAUUGUAAAAACUGUGCGCAAUACGUAUUAGCUCAUCCCCCUGCUGGACGGGUUUUUCAUGGCUAGGCGAAGCGAAUGCACCACACUAGUAGCGAUGGUUUCAAGCGGCAAUGCCCUGACCUUCCCGAUGUAGAGAGAUCAAGAGAAAGAGAGAGAAAGAGAGAUAAAGUGUCAGGGUGAAAGGGGCCGCAUUAGUGUGGUUAAGCCCUCGUGGCAUCAGGAAUGGAUUAAGUGACGGCGUCAUCCCAACCCAACUCGGCGCACAAGGGUGGAGGAGAUUAGUUUGUAUUAAGCUUUUUUACUUUCAGCCCAUUAUUAGUGCACAAUCCCCGCGUGUACGAGUUCGAAUCGACCAACACAACACAAGUUUGCUAGCGUGUAAGUUAAACACCGUGUAGCUGUAUAGGUAACGUGGUGGAGAGAAAUGGUAAAGGAACGGGAUAAAACUAUUUAAAACAGAAACGAUAGGCCACAAAUAAUUGUAUAAUAAGUGCCUAAAAAACCGCAAAAUUAAACCUAAAACACACACACAUACCUAGUCACAAAGAACACAACAUGAGAUGUACAAAAUCAGGCAAAGCUUCACAACAGUGCUGCACAAAAUCGGACAACACGCGUUCCAGGAUCGCUUGCCCGUGAUGCGUGUCCAAUACACAUGGCCACGUGCGCACCGUAAAAACCGUACUAUUUACUUUACUCAUCAAACACGCAACAACAAGGCCCCUCCUUUUGGAAAUUCCAGGUUUCUUAACCCAAUGCAAGCAUCCAUGUUUAGUAAAGGCAGGCGGGAAUUAAUAAUAAUAAUAAUAAUAAUUACUCAAACAAAAACAAAACCAACUGAUCAACUGUACAUAAACUGGUCAGCAAAGCAUACAAAUAUACUUAAAUGUGAUAUCAAAACGAUGGAGCCAGCCGCAGCAGCAGCAGCAGCAGCAGCAGCAGCGACAUUCAGCAAAUGCAAUGCAUCUCAAAUGGCACGGUUGCAAAGCUACCAAAACAAAAUGCUUCAGGGAUGCUGUGAAAUAAAGAGAGAGAGAGAGAGAACACGCACAAACCAACCCACAAUGCAACUCAAAACAAAAGUGGUGAAAAAAUCGAAUUCGAAUUCGCUUAUCCGUUCCUGCGCCUCACCCAAGCACUAGGCUUGUUGUGAAGGUGGCAGGGAGAAAGCCAUUACGUCGUAUAUGUGUGUAAAGUGGAAGUAGAUAAAGCUAUGCAAACAACCACAAAAACCAAAAGGCACCUAACUCAAUUGCACCACUGCAGCAGUGUUAAUUUAAUGGUUUGAGUGGCAAACGUAAUCGGAUCCAUACGGCAACAUUCUGGUGGCGGUAAAGAUUCAUUAGAAGAGUCUUUGGAGAAAAAAAAAACAAAGAUGUAGUAGAAGUUAAGAAGCUUCGCUUUAGCGGUUAAGAAGCGAUGCGCGCAACGGACGUUAUGUUGAAUUCAUAAUUAUUAAACUACUAGCAUCAUAAGCAUUACUAUCGCAAGCAAGCAAACACACGCAUUCAUUAGAUUAAGUAACAAACAGACAAACACUAUAAAGCACAAAAAAACGAAAAACGGUGUUAGGGGCUAGGGAAUGGAUGUUCUGUGGUGUACUUGACACUGGGCCAUGCAUGCGUAACUUCAAAAAAAUUGACCAAAAUCGGAAGCGUCCUCGGAGAUGUGUGUAUUCGUGUAUGUGGUAGAAGAGACUAGUAGAAGCAUGUUUCACCAUUAAACUGUAGCUCUUUAAAGUCUUGCGGCGAAUCUACCUAACUUUAGCACACUCAGACAGUGCUCUCGAUCGAUUCGGCCGACGAAGCCUCAGUUCAUACAGCGGGAAGGUGGGAAGAGAAACAAUUUGCAAAGAAAUAAAUAAAAACCACAAAUGUUUCCUAA